AUGCCAUCCUCGAAGCUUGUUGUGGCGCUGUACCGCUCGCUCCUGCGUAGCGCCAAGGUGCUCGAUUGUCACGAGGCUUUCAAGGCUGUGCUGCCACGCGAGGUGGAAUGGCGCAAAGGGGCUAAAUGGCGUGAUUUCUUUACCUCCAGCUCCUCCUGCGUCGAGGCCCUACGCAUCGAGUUCCGAGAGGCUCGACCUAAGCACGAGCUGAGUGAUGCGCUGGACGAGGCGCUGCAGCUCCAUAAGACGAUCUCACAGCGUGUACAUCUACUAUAUCGUGACGAGGAGGGCCAACAGCUGCUUAAAUUUGCCGAAGUGCCGCAUCCCACGACGUUCGACGAGAAGUACGACUGGGAGAAGCGGCAGCUUUCGGAGGAGGACGCCAAGGCGCUCAAUGGGGCGCUGGAGCUCAUCCAUAGCGCGUCACAACUUCUCACGAGCGAGGAUCUUGACAUGACGGACAAGACGAGGCUUGCGAAGGCCUACUACGUGGAGUCUAUUAAGCUUUUCGAGACGGCAGACGCGCACGCGUAUCUGGGCUGGCAUUUGUACUUGGAAGGUGACGUAGAGCGAGCCGUGAGUGAGUGCCAACGUGCUAUUCAAGUGGAUUCAUCAUUUGGUAACCCGUUCAAUGAUCUGGGACUAAUUCGAGUCGAGGAAGGCAAGAAAGAUGAGGCGCUGGAGUUGUUUCAGAAAGCGAAGACAGCACCUCGCAAUGACGUGAGGCACUAUGCGUGUCAGAAUCUUGCUGCGUUGCAUUUGGAGGAGAAUCGCGUCAAGUCGGCACUGCACGAAUACAUUGAAACGUUGUAUUGGAUGCGGCCGGAUGAAGCCAAGAGGGGCAUGAUACGGAACACAGUCACCGACAUAGGGGACGUACUGGUUGCGUUGCAGUCGAGUAAGACAACUGUAGAGUAA